AUGGUCUUGGAGAGGACAUCCCGACCUCUCACCAAGCUCUCUUUCAGUGGCUUCAAACGAUCGUCCUCUUCGAUGUCUGUUUCCUCCCCCCCUCCAACACCGCUUGUGCAAGAUGGGUCUUACCUACAGGCCCUCAGUCUUAAGCUUAGUGAGGCGGUUUCAAAGGCAAUGGUGCAGCCCACCGGUCCAGUGCCUGUUGGCGAAUUGGUUGGAGGCAGACGUCCAAUUCCUGCUGGUCGUGGUCGAGCUCUCGGACUUUUAAUUGCCUCUGAACUUAAGGCAUGUCAAAACAAUCCUCAUUUGCACAAGGCUAUCCUUCGUUCACUUCACAGGCCAUUGUCUGUCUUACUCAGUAACCUCUCGGCACUCCUUCUCCCGCUCCUUUCCUCGCCAGCAUUCCUUUCCUCGCUUGCUCCCACUGUGCAGGCCCCCAAUCCCAAUGCAACGCAACUCCAUGCACUUGCAGCAGCUGGCUUUGCAGGAGAGCUUCUCGAAAGCUUCGAUGAAAUGAGUUUGGGCUUAGACAAUGAUGUGAAAGGAGACGGAUUGAAGGCGAUUCGCGAAGGCCUUGUUUCCUUGAUAGGACGUGUUGUGAACCCGCUCAUUGCGGCCAUCCAGUCUGAACUGGUGCCUCUCUUGGAGUCACUGGAGAAUCUUGUCGCUGUUACUGUGCCUAAGACAGGUACCAAAGCUCUUCACCCAUCAAUCGUAUCAUUACAGGCACUCAUGCCUGUGUACGCACGUGCAUUGGCGCGAUACACGACAACCCUUCCUUCCCAGACGACUUUGGCGACUUUCUUGAUCUCCAUCAUUUGGAGAGCGCUUGUGGCUUUCGCUAAUCGACCCCAAGUGAAGCCUUUCCAGCCAACAUUGGGUUCGCCGCAGCUCAUACCCUUAACCAAGAGGCAGCGUGCCACUUCUGGUAACACUUCGCCAGUAACUCCGUCUCCUACACGGUUUGCUCUUAAACUGCCUCCUUCACGGCCAUCAUCUCCUCCCAACAUCUCGGUUACUCCGUCAGCGGCUGCCGACGCACGUGCGCUCCACGAGCUCAUGGUUCUCCUUCCUCGUCCUUUUGCAGAGUGUGAUGCGACACGUGUGGCUCGCGAGGCUGUCGAUGAAGCGCUUUCUGACUUAACGGCUCUGGCCACAUUGCUUGAAAACAUAGACAACCCGCUGUCCAAGGUCGGCAAAUCGGGUGAGGCAAUUCUGGAGGAGAUUGAGAGGAUUACUGCCGAUUUGCCAACUCUCAUCGCAUUGCCUGUACUCCUACGGAGUGACUCCAGAGUCACAAAUGAGUCACCAUCCUUUUCACCGGUCUCCUCUAUCAUCAAUGUCUCAGAAGAUGAAUAUAGAAAGAACUGCCUAUCAGGUUUCGGGCGAGCAGAACAGUGUAGCAGCAUCGUCGGUCAUAGCGUGCUUGACUUCCUACGUGUUCAAGGUGGUUUACAAAGCCUUGUUGCGCAGUGGCUAGCAAACCGAGUAGAUGUCGUUGACCAUUGA